AUGGAGCAUAAUUCAACCUCAGGGGUAUCAAACAAGUCUGAGAAGUUUAUUAAUGUUGUUUUGAAUCAUGGUGAGCAUUCUCCUGUUUUUCGUGUUAAUACUAAAAUAACCGUAGAAGAAUUGAAGCAUUUAGCAUGUAAGCACUGGAGGUCUCUGUCUCCUGGGAGUAUAUUUUUCAGCUAUAUGGACAAUGGUCAAGUAGUUUUUGUGACAGGUGAUAUACAACUGCAAAGCUUAAUUGGUUUCAUGAUUCUUAUUGAUAAUGAAGAUGUCUAUUUGCAUGUGGAUAUGAUUCGGAAUAAUACUUCUCGUUCUAAGUUUGGUUGUAGCAGUAGUUCUGGUUCUAAGUCUGGUUGUAGCAGUAGUUCUGGUUCUCGUUCUUGUGUAACUAAAAGUCCUAAGAUGGUAAGAGUGUUAGAUCAUGAUGCAGACAAGGGGAAGCCUCUGAUUAUUGAUGAAUGGGUUUAUGUUUUUGAUAAGAUUGGUAGAGAAUUUAUGGGUGGUGUUAAAGCUGUUAGGAUUGAUGUUGAUAAGUACAAGAUGGAUACUGGUUUCAAGAUUGUUAUUCUUAAAAAUCACAAGACUCGUUUUACUGCAAAGUGCGAAGAAGAUGGUUGUGGUUGGAGGAUUCACUUUGGGCCUGUCAAUGGUGAUAUUUCUCGGUUCGUGCUGAAAGAUUCUAAUGUUCACAGGUUGAAGAGUCCUGCAGUGACAACCAAGUUAGUCAAGCAUUUGAUUGCUGACUAUAUACAGGGUGAUCCUAGCUUAAAACCCAAUCAGAUCAUGUCACUUUUUAAGAAAACUUAUGGGUCCAAUAUUAAGUAUCACCAUGCUCUUAGAGGGAAAGAAGCCGUAUUUGAAGAACAGUAUGGCGAUGACGAGAAGUCGUAUAGCGAUUUAACUUGGUAUGUCAAAGCAAUUGAAGAAACUAAUCCCGAUAGCUAUGUGAAGUUUGAAGUUGAGGAUGGAACCAGUAGAUUUCAGAGGAUAUUCAUUUGUUUCGGUGCUUGCAAGCAUAGCUACAGGUAUCUCAUGCCCAUGAUUUAUUUGGAUGCUACUUUCCUUACUGGUAGAUACAUGGGUACUUUGAUGGCUGCAACAUGUGUUAAUGGAAACAAUGGUUUUUACCCAUUUGAUUUUGCUAUUGUUUCUUCUGAAAACAAAGUUAACUGGUUUUGGUUUCUGGAGAAUCUUCAACAAGUUGUUGAUGGUCGUCAGAUUGUUUUUCUUAGUGAUCGUCACGAAGGACUUUUGCAGGGCAUUCCAAAAUAUUUUCCUAAUUCAUAUCACAGCUAUUGCUUUUACCACAUCAAAUAUAGUGCUCACUCUUCAACUCUUGCCGAGUCCUUCAACAACUGGGUUCUUCCUUUCAAAAAGUUGUCUGCUUUUGCUCUUCUCGAUGCGAUACGUUUGAAGGUUAUGAAUAUGAUGUCUGAGAGAAGGAUAAAAGGUCUUGAAAAUUUUAACACUAGGCUCACUCCUGAAUAUGAGGCUUUACUAAAGGAAAACAUCGACAUUGGUCGUACUUGGAAUGUUGUUCAGUCCAUAAAAAGAUUGUAUGAAGUCAGGUCUCCUCGGACUCAUUCUGUAGAUCUAUUGCAGAAAACUUGUACAUGUCACAGGUGGCGAGUUAAUGAUUUUCCUUGUGCCCAUGCUUGUGCUGCCAUUCAAGCUACGAGAGAAGACAUCUAUUCAUUUGUUGAUCCAUACUUCACCACUGAAUGGUACAACAGGACAUGCCAGGAGAUCAUCUUGCCAAUCCCAAAUUAUGACAAGCCGAAGUCUUAUGAUCCUAGUGAUAGGAUUAUUGUUCCUAUUCAUGUUCCUCCUCCUGGUAGACGAAGAACACAACGUAUGAAGAGUGCUUGGGAGAAGGAAAAGAUGCCUAUGAUGUGCACAAGGUGCUUCACCCUUGGUCGCCACAACAGAGCUACCUGCCCCAUGAUUUGA